AUGCCGCUAAAAUAUCUUGUAAAAAAGACUGUCCUUCUCCUAUCUGCUGGUCGAUUCUCCAACCCAGAGUUAGCACAGACCGCGACUUCACCGACGGGCAUAUGCGAAGUGGGACUUGUCUCGAGAGCUGCGGCUCUGAAACGGCUCAUUCCAAUGCUGGAAGGAUCGUCAAAGAAGACAUUACAGAACUCCCUUGAAGCACAACACAAUAACAGACAACGAAUUUUGAACGUCUCCCGAAACGCCAGCGCAUUCAUGACUCAGGAAUUAUUGGAAUACGCGCGCUGGGCGAUUGCAGGAUACCUAUUACACACAACCACCGACUACGGAGCUCUGCGAUUAGAUCUAGCGUUUGGUCUCCACCUCGGCGAGAGGAGUUCGUGGAGUCAGUCAAACCAGUUCAUAUCCCCAAACGCGCGGAUGGAUUCUCAAAUGUUCCAGAGCCAUCAGCCCACUAAUACAGGCGUCAGGCAUCUCGACGACGACGACGUUUCUCUUGGUAACAAUAUCCACAAAGCCGAUGCAUUGCACCCCAGGAAGAGCGCAAUGUGGAGAGAAGCAUCCUUAAUCGCAACUCUAUCACCGCUGCAGACCUGGGGAAACGGCAUGACCUGCCCAUGGGGAGAUGCGCUGCGAGUCCAUGGGUUGCGUCGGCGCAGAGGCAGAGUCUGGAGAAACACCCGCAGCUUCAGCGUCACAUCGCCCGUAGUCGGCGCCGAUAUACUCACUAGUUGGCAUAAGGGUAGUCAUCAGGUUCCAUGUAUUAGGGAACGAAAAACGCCGAGAUCCCUCCCGCGCCGCACGCGAACUUGGCGACUCUCAAGCCGGAUCGUUUUAGUGGUGGCCAAAAAGAAAGGGAUCGAUCGCACCAAAAAGGGCACCAAGGCACACGAAGGAAGGAAAAAAAUUUCCCAUUUUGCCUCCAAGACCCAGUUUUGCAAGCCGCUGAUUGGCCUGGCUCGCCUUUCCGCGGCAAUGCCGACGGCGCUCCCUCAGCACUAUGAAAACGCGCAGUUUUUUGCAGCCACCACGACGAAGAGCCGUGACGAGCCAAGCGCUAGAGAAAGCCGCUAGAAGAUGCAGAGAAGCUGUGCCUGGUUCUAACUUUUCCGCUGCUACGCCCUUAAAACUACAUGUUCAGGUUCGCCUUGCUUGGUGAAGUACCGUAUACGGCUCGCGUCCGG